AUGAGUAGAGAGCUGGUGGCUAUGCUUUGUUGGGCACUUUGGAAGAGUAGGAAUGAGCUGGUGUGGAAUCAAAAGCAUGUUGAAGUUAAGGAUGCUGUAGUUUUGGCACGUACGGUUCUUAAUCAAUGGCUUUAUGCUGAAGACAAAACUUUUGAUCCAUCUUUAGGAUUGUUAUUUCCUGAAGAUGGUAAUGAGAAUUGGACCUUACCAAAUGUUGAUACGAUUAAGAUUAAUAUCGAUGUUGCAAUAUUCUCUUCAACUAACUGCUAUAGCUACUCUUGUGUGGCUAGAACUCAUACUGGUACACUGUUGGAAGCCAAAGCCAAAUGCGUAAGAGGAGUUGUAUCUCCUGAGGUGGCUGAAGCUAUUGGCAUACAUGAAGCAUUAAGUUGGAUUAAAGACAAAAAGUGGAGCCGUGUGGAAGUAGAAUUAGACUGCCUAGUUGCUAUUCAAUCUAUCCGUAGCCCUUCUACCAUGUAUUCCUAUUUUGGUAGAAUUAUAACUAAAUGCAAAAAGUUGUUGGAUGAGUUAAAAGAUUGUCUUGUUUCUUUAAAAUUUGUUAAACGGUAUGUAAACAAUGGAGCUCACUAUUUAACGAGAUCCACUUGUUUUAUAGUUGAUCGUAGUUUGAGUGUGAGCAAUGCUCCCUCUGUAUUGAUGAACGAUUUGAUUGUUUAG